AUGGCGGCGCUGCGCUGCCUCCUGCUGCUGCUCUGCGGCGCCGCGCUCGGGCCCGCCGUGCACCUCGACUUCGCCGAGCACCGCAGCCAGGCGGCCAAGAUCAAGGUCAACCCGCGCGGGAACCUCUGGGCCACAGGUCACUUCAUGGGGAAGAAGAGCGUCUCGAGCUCGCCGCACCUGGAGUCACCAGACGAGCCUGCUGUGCCGACCGUUUUUGGUCCCUCUCUUAGAGCCCUGCUGGAGGAUAUGAUGGAACUGCUUACCCGUGAGCUCCUGAAAAUCCUCUUGCAAGAAAGACUUUUGAACGAGAACCAAGGAAAAUAUGAUCUUGCUGACCAGGAGGCAGGACUUUUAACAAAGGUACUGGAGAAGUAUUUUUCAAGCUGAAGAUGCACUGCCACGGAGGAUGAGAUCUGCAGGCUCCUCUACAUACGACGAACGAAGGAGAGCAACUUCCUUGUGGGUUACUGUAGCAACAUCACUUUUAUUUUAUUUUUUUCCUGUAAUAUUGUUAAUAGUGAUUGCUUGUAUGAAAAGCA